AAUACCCACGCGCUGCUCGGCUUCAACAGGCCAGAAUUCCCGAGAAAAGUCGCGGGGAUGGCGUCCAAAGUCUCAACGACACCGCCAUAUGCUGGUGCUGCUAGAAUCGCUGACUCUCCCUGUUUUCCUCAAUACACUGCAUCUCUGAAAUGUCUUGAAGAAUUUAAUUCAGAUAAGAGUAAAUGCCAAGAACAUUUUGAUGUUUACAAGGAGUGCAAGAAAAAGGAGAGGGAGGCUCGACUGGAACGUAAUAAGAAUCGAUCUUUCUUCUCAUGAAGUCAGUGAAAAUAGGUUGAGAGUGCUCCAGGAUCAUGUUGGUCCUUCCUUGUAGUAUUAACUUUAUGGAUUGAUUCAGGGUUAUGGCAAGGUGUCCAAA